AUGGCCACAAGAGGCAUCCCUCGCCUCGUCGUGGUGACGCAGCCCGCAUCGUCGUUUUUCAAAGACGAAGGAGGCCGCGCCAACUAUUUGACGGUGCAAGUCGGUCUGCGGGACGGCGCCGGGUCGUCCAUGUCGGUGCCGCUUCGCAUCACGCUGCUGUUUGAGUCGGGGCAAGUCGUCGACGACCAAGACAUUUUUCGCGUCAUGGGAUCGAAUGCGCUGACGCUGCACAGCGACGAUCCUGUGGCCACGAUUCAUUUCCGCCUGGAGAAGGUAGGAUGCACGCUGGCGUCACGUGGAAGCUGCCCCGUCGUGCAUGUUCAGGUCAGCCGACGCAACGACGGCCAGCGAUUCAAGCUCAAGUUUGACGUGGACCCGGCACGCAGCGUCGUUUGUGGAGUCGCUGCCGUCAUGACGACUCCGAUCUGUGUCAUGUCGAAAAGGAAGAGCGGGGAUGGCGCGGCGAUCUCGACGGGGGGCGAUGGAUGCCACUCGCGCAAAAUCCCCAAGCACACGGACGGGCCGUCGACCGUGUCGAAGCAAGUCGCGGCGAUGCAAGCUCAGUUGAGCCGGUUGAUGGCACUGGUCGAAGCCCAACAUCGCCUCUUGACGCGGCUGACGUCCCCCCACGUGCCCAAAGACCUGGACACGCUCCUCACGGAAGAAGAUGUGUCGUUUCGUGCCGCCAUGAUGGAUGCAUCUGACCACGUGACGUCGGUCCUGCACCACGCGGCGCCGCUUGGAACGUAUUAUCGUUAACGUCGACCAACAUGCGAUGGUAGC